CCCCGCUUCUCUCUCUCUCUCUCUCUCUCUCUCUCUCUCUCUCUCUCUCUCUCUCUCUCUCUCUCUCUCUUUCUCCUGUCUCUCUCUCUCCGUUUCUUAUACCCCGUGUGUUCUCUCUUUUUCAGCCCCGCUGUGUCUCUGUCUUUCUGUCUUUCUCUGUCUCUCUCUCUGUCUCUCUCUCUCCGUUUCUUAUACCCCGUGUAGUCUCUCUUUGUCAGCCCCUCUCUCUCUCUCUCUCUCUCUCUCUCUCUCUCUCUCUCUCAUUCUCUCUCUCUCUCUCUCUCUCUUCUAAUGAAUCCUGCCCUCUGUUUUGUUUGGUUUCUAGACUUACGCCCUGUUCGAACUCUCCAACUAGCGGGAGUCGAGUCUCUCCGCUGAGAGUUGUUGUUCUUUGGACCCUCUACUCGUCGACAGUUUGUGGUAUCGCUGGACUGUGUAGAGUCUCUAACUGCCACGUGUUGUGUUAAAUCGGAUGUUUUCCUAUGUCCGUGCAGGGACUUUCGUGAACCCUAUAUGAUUUAUUCAAAACGGGAAGUAGGUGUGCUGCUAAUUUCGACAGUCACUGUCUGCUUAUUCAUCAAUUUAAGGUGGUUGGAAUUGUGUUUAUGACGACAACGAGGACGCACCUCGUCACUGACUCGCUGCUGCGACGUGCUGGCGACAAUUCUCCUUAUCCUCUCAGUUCGGCAGUGCAUUCUUGAAGUUAUCGAGCACCUAAGACGUGACUGGUCUUACUUGUGAGCAGAAAUCUUGCAUUACUAAGCACAGUCAGAGACUUCCUCUUUUUUUUUGUUUUAUUUUUCUUUUCGUACACAAAAGAAAACUCGUUAUAAGAAUAUUUUCUUUUGCCGUACGGUGCCAUGAAAGGGGAGACAAGAAAAUGCAACAGCAAACAGAGGUCCCAGGCUUGCUUUCUUUUUUCUUUUGGUCAUUUCUCGCUUUGGUCGAUUCAUCCUCGCGCAGGGGCCGUUGCUAUCGUUCCAAUUUUGACGGAUGUUCCACAGGUCGCAUCCUGACUGGCAUUAUAAUACGAACAGACUUCGCUUGACGGACGACUAGACUCGCACUGAAAUUGACAGCAUACACAGAUCAAGCCAGAGUAGCAUUCCCGGUGCGCGAAUUAGGUUGACAUGCAUCGUGGGGAAAAAGAGGUGAACACUCCCUGUACGCGUCAAAAAUUAGCAUCGUGGGGAAAAAGAGGUGAACACUCCCUGUAUGCAUUGUGACGGAUCGAUCGUGCGUCAUAUGCGUGGCUGGCUCGCCAUUACGUGCCUCACGGCCCUCACAGGGGUCCUGAUGAGUUCUCGUAAGACCGAAAACAAGAGGGAAGAGUAGUGAGUGCUUGUGUCAUUUUCAAGGCUCGAGAGAUCACAAGGCGGGAAACCAGCAACGGGAUCAUUACCGUCUUGCCUCGUACACAACGCAACGCGCCCGUGUAAUGAAAGCGUACAGGUUUGUUUUCCGGUACGGCACUGUCCUCAUGAGGCGCCAUCACGUGUGAGGGGUCGAUCGUGAGUCGUCUGCGUGGCUGGCUCGUCAUAAGCAGAAGAUCCUAUUAGAGAACUUGUGAGGGAUCGAUCGUGCGUCGUAUGGCACAGGGGUUCUGACGAGUCCUCGUAGAACCGAAAACAAGAGGGAAGAGUAGUGAAUGCUUGUGUCAUUUCCACUGCUCGGAAGAUCACAAGGCGGGAAACAAGCAACGGGAUCAUUACCGUCUUGCCUCGUACACAACACAACGCGCCCGUGUAAUGAACGCAUACAAGUUUGUUCUCCGGUCCGGCACUGUCCUCUUGAGGUGCACUUUGAUCGGCAGAAGCCGCACACGCGUUGCGAGGCACUGAGAACAACUACCAUACCAGGUGGAGAACCAACCCAGGUUGAGGGGGUUACCACGACUUACCAGGUACAGCAAAAUGUACAGGCAGGUAUCAGGAACAGAGCGAAAGGCACACGCAAAAGAGGGGAUUCGGCAGAGGGAGGAAAUAACAAAAAGAGAGGGGGAUCCAGAUAACAGAAAAUGAGGUAAGGAUAAAGGUCCAAGGCGGAG